AUGUCUCUCGUCACGGAACACCAUCGUCACGGCAACAACCCCUUCGGAAUCCUCGGCAAAUGGGGUCGCCACGACGACGGCGAGCAGAACGUACUGGCCCUGAACGUUCUGUUGCUAGGUGGAAGGCAGAGUGGGAGGAGCUCUGUGGGCAAUGCUCUGAUUGGUGGUGAAGAAUUCCAAACCGGCACCUGCAUUUUUGGCGUUUCCAUGACGACGGAGCACCAGCUGCUAAGCCGAAAUUUCCCACGGUAUUUCAGGAGAAAGGGGGCGGAGUCUGACCUCACGUUGAGAGUGUUGGACACGCCCCCUUCGUUUCCCCGCCCUAAGAGCGUGCACGAGCUCUGCCCCGAGGGCGUGCACGUACUUGUGCUCGUCGUGAGAGCUGACAUGCAUGACAACACACACCUGGAGGAGCACGUGGAGACUCUUUUCGGUCCAGAAUGGCGUCGUCACGCUUUGCUCGUUAUCACACAUGCCGAUCACCUGAAGGAGGCGGGGCUUCAGCCGUCAGACUACCUAACGCAGACCACCGAUUGGCUGAGAGCUCUGGCUGCAAAGGUGGAAGGCGGAGUCUCGUUUGUGGAGAACAGCUGUGAUUGGCCGUCAGUCAGAGGACGACCAAUAAGAGACCGACUGCUAAACCUCUCAGCGAGGAACCAUCACUCAGCGCUGACCGUCCGGACGGAGGUCUCACUUUAAAAUACAAACUAAUGUUUUUUUGCUUUUAAAAUGAUCUUGUUCCCGUCUAUUUGUCAAGUUAUGUGACUGUUGUGAACUUUGUUUGUAGCUUUACGCUAGUUUUGUACUCCUUGGUAUUGUGUCAUGCUCCUGUUUCUAUAAAAGUGCUGUUCAUUGAUGUGGCUGUCACAGAUCUUGUAUUGUCAAAAUUCAAUGGAAAACCCCAUUUUGGUGACGUCAGAAUCUCGUAAGACUGCGGCAUAUCAGGACCAUUUUCUACAUACAAUUAUAAACACCUGAUCUUAACAACGAACUGGGAACUGAAAAAAGUCCUCAUGUCUUAUUCUCUGCUGCCUUCCUUUCUUCUGGUAAACAAAACACCCAAGGAAACAGAUGACUAGUUCAAAAUGUUUUAAUGAAUACACCUUUAUACAACUUUUGUGAGCUAACGGUACUAGCUACUUACUAGCUAAGUGGCCGUCAGCAGCAGAUUUUUAUUGUUUCAUUCUCGGCUUUUCACAAUAAAAGAACUCUGGUUCACAUCACGUCCAUA